AUGGGAACUCCUGUGAAUAUUAUUGCGGGUUCUCAUGUCUGGGUGGAAGAUCCAGAGGUAUCUUGGGUUGAUGGACAGGUUGCAAAAAUUACUGGACAGGAUGCAGAAAUUGAAACUUCCAAUGGAAAGAAAAUUGUUGCGAAGUUAUCAAAAAUAUUACCCAAAGAUAUGGAAGCUCCGCCUGGGGGAGUGGAUGAUAUGACUAAAUUGUCAUAUUUGCAUGAGCCUGGAGUCCUGGAGAACUUAAAAAUUAGAUAUGAAUUAAAUGAAAUAUAUACUUAUACUGGAAACAUACUGAUUGCAAUAAAUCCAUUCCAAAAACUACCGCAUCUUUAUGAUGCACACAUGAUGCAACAAUAUAAGGGAGCGCCAUUUGGAGAGUUAAGCCCUCAUGUCUUUGCGAUUGCGGAUGUUGCAUAUAGAGCAAUGAUUAAUGAAAAGAAAAGCAAUUCAAUUCUGGUCAGUGGGGAAAGUGGAGCUGGUAAAACUGAAACUACAAAAAUGCUUAUGCAAUAUCUUGCUUUCUUAGGUGGUAGGGCAGCCACUGAAGGACGGACAGUCGAACAACAAGUUCUUGAAUCAAAUCCAGUUUUGGAAGCAUUUGGUAAUGCGAAAACUGUCAGAAAUAACAAUUCCAGUCGUUUUGGUAAGUUUGUUGAGAUCCAAUUUGAUAAAAGUGGAAGAAUCUCAGGCGCAGCUAUUCGUACGUACCUUCUUGAAAGAUCUCGGGUUUGCCAAGUUAAUGAUCCGGAACGCAACUACCACUGCUUUUAUCUUCUUUGUGCUGCACCACAGGAGGAAAUUGAGAAAUACAAAUUAGGACAUCCUAAAACAUUUCAUUACCUUAAUCAAUCAAAGUGCUUUGAACUGGCUGAUGUAAGUGAUGCUCGUGAGUAUCUUGCCACCAGAAGAGCUAUGGAUAUUGUUGGAAUAAGUCAAAAAGAGCAGGAAGCAAUUUUCCGAGUUGUUGCUGCAAUUCUUCAUAUUGGUAAUAUAGAUUUUGCCAAAGGAAAGGAAGUUGAUUCAUCGGUUCCAAAAGAUGAUAAAGCCAAAUUUCACUUAAAAACAACUGCCGAUCUCCUCAUGUGUGAUGUAGAUGGCUUGGAAGAUGCAUUAUGUAAGCGUGUCAUGGUUACCCCUGAGGAAAUUAUAAAACGGAGCCUUGAUCCCCAAAGUGCAGCUGUCAGCAGAGAUGGCUUCGCAAAGACAAUUUAUUCUAGGCUUUUUGACUGGUUGGUGGACAAGAUUAACAAUUCAAUUGGACAAGAUGCCUCUUCUAAAUCUUUGAUCGGGGUCCUUGAUAUUUAUGGUUUCGAAAGCUUUAAAUCUAAUAGUUUUGAGCAGUUCUGCAUUAAUUUUACAAAUGAGAAGUUGCAGCAGCAUUUCAAUCAGCACGUGUUUAAAAUGGAACAAGAAGAAUAUACGAAGGAACAGAUCGAUUGGAGCUACAUUGAAUUUGUUGACAACCAAGAUGUUUUGGACCUUAUUGAAAAGAAACCUGGAGGAAUUGUUGCUCUCCUAGAUGAAGCUUGCAUGUUUCCAAAGUCAACACAUGAAACAUUUUCAAACAAGCUUUAUCAAACAUUUAAGAGUCACAAGCGCUUUAUUAAACCAAAACUGUCUCGAACAGAUUUCACUAUUGCACAUUAUGCAGGCGAGGUGCAGUACCAGUCUGACCAAUUUUUAGAUAAAAACAAGGAUUAUGUGGUUCCUGAACAUCAAGAUUUAUUGGGUUCUUCCAAAUGUCCUUUUGUAGCGGGUCUUUUUCCUCAACUUCCAGAGGAGUCAUCAAAAUCUUCUAAGUUUUCUUCUAUUGGUUCUCGUUUUAAGCUGCAACUACAGCAACUAAUGGAGACAUUAAACUCAACGGAGCCUCAUUAUGUUAGAUGCGUGAAACCAAACAACCUCCUCAAACCAGCAGUUUUUGAGAAUGUCAAUAUUAUGCAACAACUUCGCUGUGGUGGUGUUUUAGAGGCGAUCAGGAUUAGUUGUGCUGGGUACCCAACUCGUCGUGCUUUCUUUGAGUUUAUAAAUCGAUUUUCCAUCCUUGCUCCAGAGGUCACAGAAGCACAGAACGAUGAGAAGGCUGUUUGUCAUAAGAUUCUAGAAAAGAUGGGGCUUAAAGGAUAUCAGAUUGGAAAAACAAAGGUAUUUCUAAGAGCAGGUCAGAUGGCUGAACUAGAUGCUCAGAGAGCUCAAGUUCUAAGUAUAGCUGCAAAAACUAUCCAACGGCGUGUACGAACCUAUCAGGCUCGUAGACAUUAUCUUGCAUUACGAAAGAAAACCAUAUACGUGCAGUCUCUGUGGAGAGGAAGACUUGCAUGCAAACUUUAUCAGAACAUGAGAAGGGAGGAUGCUGCUGUGAAAAUUCAGAAGUACAUACGCAGACAUGAAUCAAGGAAAGCCUACAGUAAACUCCAUGCAUCAGUGCUUACUUUGCAAACGGCUUUGAGGGCAAUCGCUGCCCGUAAGGAGUUCACUUAUAAGAAAAGGACUAAAGCUGCCACCAUUAUUCAGGCUCGCUGGCGGUGCUACAGGGCUUCCUCAUAUUUUAAGAGGCUGAAGAAAGGUUCAAUUGUGACACAAUGCCGAUGGAGGGGGCGUGUAGCCAGAAAAGAGCUUAGGAGUCUGAAAAUGGCUUCAAGAGAAACUGGUGCUCUUAAAGAAGCAAAGGAUAAGCUUGAAAAACGAGUGGAGGAACUCACAUGGCGCCUCCAACUAGAAAAAAGUUUAAGGACCAAUCUAGAAGAAUCCAAAGCACAAGAGAUAGCAAAGCUGCAGAAUUCCCUGCAAGAUCUGCAGAGCAAAGCUGAUGAAACCAAUGCCAUGCUUGUAAAGGAGCGCGAGAAUGCAAAGAAAACUAUUGAAGAAGCACCUCCUGUUAUUAAAGAGACGCAGGUUAUUGUUGAAGACACACAAAAGGUUGAAUCACUAACAGCAGAAGUUGAGAGUUUAAAGACCUCACUAGAGGCGGAGAAACAGAAAGGUAAUGAUUUUGAAAGGAAAUAUAAUGAAGCCCAAGCUUUAAGUGAAGAAAGGGGUCAAAAAUUAGAAGACACAGAAAAGAAGGCUCGUCAGCUCCAAGAAUCACUGACCAGGCUAGAAGAGAAGAUUAGUAAUUUAGAAUCAGAGAACCAAGUUCUACGUCAACAAGCUGUUUCCAUGGCACCUAAUAAAUUCCUCUCAGGACGCUCCAGAUCAAUUAUUCAGAGAGUUGACAGUGGACAUAUUGGAGCGGAAGCAAAGCCGCCACAUUUGGAUAUACAUAGCUCAUCAAUGAACCACAGGGAUUCCGCUGAGGUGGAGGAUAAACCACAGAAGUCACUGAAUGAAAAACAACAAGAGAAUCAAGAGUUGCUCAUUAGAUGUAUUGCACAACAUUUAGGCUUUGCUGGGAAUAGACCAAUUGCUGCCUGUAUCAUAUACAAGUGCCUCUUGCAUUGGAGAUCAUUUGAAGUUGAGCGUACCAGCGUGUUUGAUCGUAUAAUUCAAACUAUAGGCCAUGCAAUUGAGACCCAGGAAAACAACAAUGUCUUGGCUUAUUGGUUAUCCAAUGCUUCUACACUUCUCUUGUUGCUCCAGCGCACACUUAAGGCGAGUGGUGCUGCUGGAAUGGCCCCUCAACGCCGCCGUUCUUCUUCAGCAACCCUGUUUGGGAGGAUGACUCAAAGUUUCCGUGGAGCUCCAGCAGGAGUCAGUCUUUCCAUGAUCAAUGGUAGCAAUAGUGCAGGAGUAGAUACAUUAAGACAGGUUGAGGCCAAGUACCCAGCUCUGCUUUUCAAACAGCAGCUGACAGCUUAUGUGGAAAAGAUCUACGGAAUGAUUCGUGAUAACUUGAAGAAAGAAAUUUCUCCCUUGCUUGGAUUGUGCAUCCAGGCACCAAGAACAUCCAGAGCGAGCUUGGUUAAGGGAUCAUCACGUUCAGUUGCAAACACUGAAGCACAAAAAGCCUUGAUUGCUCACUGGCAGGGGAUAGUCAAGAGCCUUGGGAACUUCUUAAAUACUUUGAAAGAAAAUAAUGUUCCCCCAUUUUUGGUUCGCAAGGUUUUCACUCAAAUUUUUUCUUUCAUCAAUGUCCAACUCUUUAAUAGUCUUCUCUUAAGACGGGAGUGCUGCUCGUUUAGUAAUGGAGAAUAUGUGAAAGCUGGUUUGGCUGAAUUGGAGCAUUGGUGUUACAAGGCAACAGAUGAGUAUGCAGGUCCAGCCUGGGAUGAGCUCAAACAUAUUAGGCAAGCUAUUGGAUUUCUGGUCAUACAUCAAAAACCAAAGAAAACGCUGGAUGAAAUAAGUCAUGACCUGUGUCCAGUCCUCAGUAUACAGCAGCUAUAUCGAAUUAGUACCAUGUACUGGGAUGACAAGUACGGCACACAUAGUGUGUCCCCUGAUGUAAUAUCCAAUAUGCGAGUGUUGAUGACUGAAGAUUCAAAUAAUGCAGUUAGUAAUUCUUUCCUGUUGGAUGAUGAUUCAAGUAUUCCGUUCUCUGUUGAUGACAUAUCAAAGUCAAAGGAACAGAUAGAUAUAUCUGAUAUAGAACCCCCACCACUAAUUCGUGAGAACUCUGGCUUUAGUUUCUUGUUGCCACGCCCAGACUGA